AUGGCUGACCGAUCACCAGCUCCCACCACCUUAGUGGAUGCCCUCACCAGUGCCCUCGUUAAACGAGAGGCGAAAUCGGCGCGGCGAAAAUUGACCGUUUUGCCCGGAACGGCAGUGGACUUUUCAUCGAAUGACUUUCUCUCUCUGUCGACGUCUCCAGCGUUCAGGAAUCGGUAUUUGUCCCAUCUUAACUCGGCACCAGAGUCAUUCCCAUUUGCCAGUGGGGGAUCUCGCCUCCUGGACGGGAAUUCCGCCUAUGCAGAGGAGCUGGAGCGCUUUGUGGCCGAGUUUCAUGACGCACCAGCAGCCCUCUUGUUCAAUUCCGGCUACGAUGCAAACAUCGGAGUGCUUGCCAGUAUCCCUCAGCCGGGAGAUCUGGUCUUGUACGAUGAAUUGGUGCAUGCGAGCGCCCGAGAAGGCAUGAGACUUUCUCGAGCAAGCGCUCGGAAGAUGUUCUCCCAUAGCUCGCCCACAUCUCUCAAAGAGGUCCUGUCCGAAGAAAUGAAAAGUGACCCUUGGAUCUGGGAAGGCACUAGAAACGUCUUCAUCGUUAUCGAGUCACUGUAUAGCAUGGAUGGCGAUGUGGCACCUAUUCAAGACUUCAUCAGAGUAGUCGAUGAGUUGCUUCCGCGACAAAAUGGGUACUUCAUUGUCGACGAAGCUCACGCAACGGGCGUCUUUGGGCCUCGAGGGGCUGGAGUAGUGCAACAUAUUGGUGUUCAAGAUCGAAUGUUCAUUCGGGUACAUACAUUUGGGAAAGCCCUUGCAAGUCACGGAGCCAUGGUUCUAUGCGGGCCUCAAACGAGGGACUAUCUCAUUAAUUAUGCCCGCAGUUUGAUCUACACCACCGCACUUGGCUUUCCAUUCUUGGCCUCAAUUCGCACAGCCUAUGAGCUCCUCUCCUCAGGACAAACUGAUUCGGUGGGAAAUCCAAUAUUCUCUCCUCAGCCAUCGCUCUAUCUGAAGCUAAUCACGCUCAAACAGCUGCGAACUCGGUCACAGCAACUCAUCCAGCAUCUCCAUCAACGCUUGCAGGCCCUCCGAGUACCUCAAUCAGUUCCUUUCAGAGUCGAUCACUUUGCAACUUCACCAAUCUUCUCACUACGCACUUCUCGGCCACGAGAAUUGGCGAGUAUCUGCCAAGAGGCUGGGUACAUCAUCCGUGCAAUCAUGCCACCCACAGUUCCCCGAGGAAGUGAACGGGUUCGAGUAUGCCUGCAUUCCGGGAACACAGAAACGGAGAUCGAUGGUCUAGUGCACGUCAUUCAGUCUUGGCUAGAUCGCAGCGCGAUAAGCACUGGUUCAAAAUUAUAG